AUGUACAGGGAAGCUUUCACACGUAACUAUAAAUGUAUCUUAUCUACAUUUGCACGUGCAUCGCAUAUCUAUCCCGAUGCGAAAUCAGUUGGUAGAAUUUCAGCGUUAACACCAAUACGAAUUCGAGAAUAUGCGUCUGGCAAUACUAAAGAAGAGGAAAUCAUGGCGCGAAUAGAAUCCAUGCGUGCGAAAGCACAUUUGGGAGGCGGCAUUAAUAGAAUUAUCACUCAGCAUAAAAAGGGAAAGCUAACUGCUCGGGAACGCCUUGAUUUACUCUUGGAUCCAGGAUCUUUUCACGAAUAUGAUACUUUUGUAGAACAUCAAUGUACUGAUUUUGGUAUGGAAAAAAAUAAGAUCAUUGGUGAUGGUGUAGUUACUGGACAUGGCACGAUAAAUGGCCGGAGAAUUUUUGUUUUUUCUCAGGACUUUACUGCCUUUGGUGGUAGUUUAUCAAAAAUGCAUGCUCAAAAGAUUUGUAAAAUAAUGGAUAAAGCUGUAUUGGUCGGUGCGCCAGUUGUUGGCCUGAAUGAUUCUGGUGGUGCACGUAUUCAAGAAGGUGUAGAUUCUCUUGCUGGAUAUGCAGACAUUUUUCAAAAGAAUGUCUUAUCAUCCGGUGUUGUACCUCAGAUAUCGCUGAUAAUGGGUCCAUGUGCUGGUGGUGCCGUGUACUCUCCAGCUCUUACUGACUUUACCUUCAUGGUACGUGACACAUCAUACUUAUUUGUCACUGGUCCUGAUGUAGUCAAGGCAGUUACAAAUGAAGAUGUAACACAAGAAGAGCUCGGUGGUGCAAAAGCGCAUACUGUUAAGUCUGGGGUUGCACACAAUGCUUUUGAAAAUGACAUCGAGGCUUUACAACGUAUUCGGGACUUUAUAGAUUUCUUGCCACUUUCAAACUGUGAACAAGCACCCACCCGUUGCACUGAUGAUCCCGUAACCCGUGAAGAUCCAUCACUUAACCACAUCAUUCCCGUUGAUUCCACGAAAGCUUAUGAUGUGCGAGAUGUUAUCACGCGUCUUGUGGAUGAUUCCAAUUUCUUUGAAAUUAUGCCAGACUACGCUAAAAAUAUUGUCAUAGGGUUCGCCCGGAUGGGUGGUCAAACAGUUUCCAUAGUUGGAAAUCAGCCAUUAGUAUCAUCGGGAGUUUUAGAUAUCAAUUCUUCUGUGAAAGCUUCUAGAUUUGUUCGAUUCUGUGAUGCUUUUAACAUUCCAAUCAUCACACUAGUGGACGUACCUGGUUUUCUUCCUGGAACUGCUCAAGAACAUAAUGGCAUUAUUCGCCAUGGUGCCAAAUUACUUUAUGCAUAUGCGGAGGCAACCGUCCCAAAAAUUACAAUUAUUUUGCGAAAAGCGUAUGGAGGGGCUUAUGAUGUUAUGUCUAGCAAACACCUUCGUGGCGAUAUAAAUUAUGCGUGGCCAACAGGUGAAAUUGCUGUUAUGGGUGCAAAGGGGGCUGUCGAAAUUAUAUUUCGACACGUUGAAGGCCGAACACAAGCAGAAAAGGAAUAUAUUGGUAUUUAUUUUAAAUAA